UUAGCGGUGGUUGUAGCUAGGAUUGUCAUCGGGUCUGCCAUGCAAUGUUGGGUCAGGAAGCUUGGUGGAAUCCUUCAUCACUGCACUGUCCCAACUAGCACAGCAAACAACUGGUAGUCCAAAUUGGGUCGAAAGAAAUCGACCAAACCCCUUAAAGUUCGGAUCUAGUUCAUGUCAAGGUCGCUCUGCAGGCACAUGAUUUUGUGUGCAGCGUCAGAGAGUCUCGACUCAGGUGAGAGUUUGACAGAAGCUUCGACCAAGACAGCCGCUUGUGGACAUGACUUUGUCGGUCGGAACUCCACCCGACGUGAGACAUCUGUUCGAGGGUUUGCCCUGCAUAGAUUCGGGGAACUUGACUCCUUGAUGAUUGGUGAGGCUCUUUUAUUGUCCGAAACCCGCGUCACAGCCGCUGGGUCGUCUCCUCGUGCGUCAUGGUUGGCGAAGGGAAUAAAGCGGCUCAUCCGAUUUCACCGGCACUCUCUGCUUAUGUAAUUCGAGGCAGGACCCGAGACAUGUACGUACCAGACAUCCUGCACGGUUCCCCAUGACGGGACGGG